AAUCUUAACUGACACUUGUUCAAUGUUCAGCUUGUUCUUCGCGUUCUUCGAGACUCCAGAGUUCUUGAUCCAAGAUGCAAGUGCGUCCGUUUGCGAUCACUGUGCGCUGUGUUAAUUAAAAAUUAAGGCAGUUUUUUGUGUUACCCAAAACAUAGACGCCGCCGUUUGAAGACGGCAAGUGCAAUUUUAAAGCUUGUGGUGCAAACUGUUUUCGGAAAUGUACGACCAGCAGGAAGACGACCGCGGUUAUCUGGUUUACGCAAAUCGAUACAACGGCCAGCUUCAGUCAGAUAAUCCCAAUCUGACCUACGUGGUCAGCAAGAUCAAUGAAAAAUUCUCGACCUCGAAGUACAGUACCUACCGAUGUGCAUGCAAGGUGUUUGCACUUCAAAGGGCUCUUUACACGUGCUACAUCCCAUUCCAAACUGUUUGUACCAUACUGGAGCGACACCGAUUCAGUCAGAUCGACAGUGCUCCCUCGAUCAAACCCAUUCAGCUAACAGCAGUACUACAUGAUGUAUACUUUGCUGCAGAGCAGCUUGGCUGUUUUGUCGAUCUCGUACAACCGCUCGAUCGCGAAGCCUCUAUCGCCACGCUGGCAGGUUUGUUCUGGGCCGUCUAUGAUCCUAAGCGUUGCAAUCCGCUGUCGAUCCUCGAGCUCAAGCAAACCUUCUUGCUACUUUGCGAAACACAGAACUUCGAACAAGUCGUCUGGGAACAUUUUCAACUGACAAGCGACCAUAAUCUUUGCGUAUCCCGCCAUCGCUUCGAAGCUAUGCUGAUGAACCUGGCAAAAUUGCUAUCGUUUUUGGGGGAACCUGACCAUUUGAAGCCGAAACUUGUGCAGGAGAUCGUGAACGAAUGUUUCGUUAACUAUCCAGGUUUGGUGGGUCUGACCGAGUAUCAGUUCAGCUGCCUGUGGAAGUUGUCGUCCAAAUUCUCCUACUAUUCGAAUGUGUUGUGUCUGACGAAACGACUUAAGGAUUCUGAGUAUGUGGUACACAACGUGCAGUGUGCAGCUUGCCGAGAAGCAAUCCAAGGACUUCGUUUCAAAUGUCAGAAAUGUAGAAAUUUAUCUUUGUGCAUAGACUGCUUCAGCCAGGCUUACACAAGCAAGAAUCACAACGUUGGACAUAAAAUGUACGAGAUUAGUGCUAAUGAAAUAUCAACGAGCAGAAUAUCGACCAUAAUGAUGAAGCUAUGCAAUCUCUUCAGUAGAUCUCCUAGCACGCAAACUCAAUGCCAACAGCCUUCAACUUUCGAUAACAUGGAAGCCAAACUGAUUGACACCAACGCAGUUGAAUUGCAAGAAGUGGAACAACCACCAGAUGCAUGCAGUACUCUCCGUGGAACUCUUUCCCGCUCUCUGAAUUCCAACAGCUGUGCAUCGCUCCGAAAGUCAUCGAACAAAAAUAUUAGUAUUUUUAGCAAUAUCGAUUGCCAGCUGUUCACCAGCACCCAGAGCCAAGCGUUGGUAGAGAAGCUUUCGUCGGUUAUGGAGAUUCUCGAGGAAGACAGCGAAAAAUAUCGUUUAAAACUGGCAAAUUUGAAAACCAACUCCACAGUGGACAAAGAGCAAAUUGACUAUUUCGAGGCACACGGUAAAUUGGUAGCCGAACAGCUGAAAACGUUAAAAGAAGUUUGCUCGAAAGUGAGUCGCGGAUUUCCUCAAAGUUCCAGUACUCCCUAUCGAUCGACAAGUAAUGGCAGUGCAAAACGUGUGUCGUUGAUGGCGAAUAGUGCUUUGGAAAAGACGAUACAUGGUGCAGAGCUCAACAAAUCGUACGUUAAUGAUCAUCUGCAAUCUGAGUUAUCCGUCCGUGACAUUAGCUCGUGGUUCCACCUGAACAAACCCUCAGAAACCAUACUGGAGCAGAUGGAAGCCGAUGCGGCUUCGAAGACGAAUCCCAGCAGCGCCAGCAAUGGAGCUGCCAUUGAUGAGCUGACCCGCCGUAUCGACAAUCUUAAAAUAGAUACUCAAAUGGCAAACUUCAAGGAUCUCUUGCUGAAGGUUCGCGAAAUAGUUGACGAUUCGUAUAGCGAUAACACGGAGUUGGCGCGAACAACACAGCAGCUGGAGAAGGCUUUGGAUCGAAUUAUUGUCGAAGAGGAACGCAAGCGAUUGCUGAGCAUUUAAACUUGAAACUGUACAACAGAAAAGGAUUUCUUCCAAUUCAUUUUUGCAAGAGUACGUACGAAUGACAAUUUUCAUAUCAAUUUUAAGAUAUACAUUAUACAAAAGAUUAUAUUUUUUA